CAGCACAACCGCGACCUACAGGCCAAGGUGGAGGAGAUGGAGGCGCUGUCUCAGGAGCGUGCGCACCUGAUGACCCGCCUCGCAGAGCUGGAUCACGCCAUGCAGGAACUCGAGAACCAGUUCACGGCGAAGGAUGCGGAGCUGCAGGGGGCGCUAGCGGCGCGGCAGCAGCUGGAGAGGGCGCUGGAGAAGCUGCAUCGCGACCACGAGGAAGCUCUAGCGGACAAGCACGUGUUGCGGGAGCAGCUUAACGAGCAGCUGCUGAUGCUGGCGGAGCUUCGUGCGAGCACGGACGAGGCGCGGCACGGUCCGCCCCCCGCCGCCGCCGCUGCCGGCGCCAGACUCACCGAGCUUCAGGAGCAGGUGCAGGGACUGCAGGACACGAUCGCUAACAAGGAUAGACAAGCUCCCAUGGAACGGUCGCCACCACCCGCUCCUUAUCCAGUCUCUCGGCAUCUCGAUGCUCCGAGACGGAGUCUCAACGAUCCGAAACGGGGUCUCACCUGUCCGAGGCGAUAUCUCAGCGAUCUGAGGCGAUGUCUCAACGAUCCGAGGCAUUGUCUUCACAACGAUCCGAAAUGGUCUAACGGCUGUCCGAGGCAAUAUCCGUCUGGCGAGUCUGAAGCCGAGUCUGAAACGAUACUGGAGGCAUUGUCUCACCUGUCCGAGGCAAAACCCUUCAGGCCAGCCUCCGCGGAGACGCGUCUCAAGCGUCUCUGGUGCCUCGACGGCAUCUCUCUGCCGAGGCGGCGACGGUUUGAGACAAUGGAGUGGCCGUACGACGAACUGAGACACAUCGAGCUGCGAGACGAGACGGCGGGAGACGAGACGCGCGGAGGAGGAGGUGUUUCGAGGGAGAAGCCGGGAGAGAGGGAGAAGUCGAUGGGGAGAGAGCUGAGCGGGGAGGAGCUGAGAGAGUUCGUGGAAAAGUACAUCCUGCCUACGGAAAAAAAAGCGUGUGGAAUGCAGCGUAGCAGGGGCAGGCGGAGCGCCGACGCCGUGGCCACAGCAUUGCGCAAAGAAGAUCAUCGACGAUCAACGGCCAGGAGACUUGAUUACGCAUGUAACGAGCAAAUCGCUUACCUGCAGCACGACCUCGCCGAGAAAUACCUGGCAGAGAAGAUGGGGAGGAAGUGCAGAAACCUGAGUGACGAGACAGCUGAGCUGAGGUCGCAGCUGCAGCGGCAUCGGCAGGAGGCUGAGGAGCUCAGGGAUGCGGUGAAGGAGAGGGAUGCUGCCGUUGAAGCCGUGAAGCAGCAGGUGGACGCGUUGCGGGAGCAGCUGGCAGCGAUCACCCAGCAACACGAUGGGUGUGGAGCGGAGAUUCAGCAUCUGAAGACAAGCGUAGACGAGCGCAGCCAGGCAGCGGACGAGGCAACGCGACAAGCGCGAAAACUACAGGAUGCUCAGCGGGAGGAGGUGGAGAACAUGAGAGAGAAGCUGACGCGCACAGAGAUGCAGCUGGAGGCCCUGCAGAGACAGCUGGACAGGAGCGUGACGGAGAGAGGAGCCGGCGACGCGGACUCAGACCUGUCAUCGGCUUCCAGGGAUACGAGUGAGAUGCUGGAGCUGAACAGGGAGCUACAGCAGGCGAGGCUGUCUAUGGAAGCCACGCAGCGCGAGGCGGCCGAGCUACAGCGGCGCCACGAGCGGGAGGUGGCGGAACUACGCGGCGCGCGCGCGCUCGGCGAGAAGCAGCAGCAGCGCACCCUGGAGGAGCUUCGCGAGACGCGGGCGGAGAACGCCGAGCUGAGGAGGAGGAUCUCCGAUGAGGCGCCGGGGAAGACGUACGAGAAGAAGCUGCAGGAGCUGAAGGACGAGUUGUCACGGCAACACGAGGAGCAGCUGCGUGCGCUGCGCGCUCACGCGGCGUCGGACGCCGAGCGACAGGUCACCGAGCUUGACGCCAGAUACGAGGAACAGCUGAGGUCGCAGCGACGACAGCUGGAGAGGAAGGUGCAGGAGGCUGUGAAGGAGGAGCGAGCGAGGCUUCGCGAUCAGCAUCGGCAGCAGAUGGAGCAGAUGCACGCGGAGGAGGAGCGAGAGAGGCUGAGGAGCGGCGACCUCACCGACUCGUCGCUCAGUGGCGCCCUCCAGCUGGUGGAGCGGGAGUUGACCCCGCUGACCCUGGGUCGCGACACGCUGGCGGUGCGGCCGCGGCAGGACGGCGUCGGGCAGGACAGCGACCUGCAGUCUAUGACGGACACGUCCUCUCACUCGUUCAACGAGCUCAUAGCCGAUCCCUGCCUGCCUAGCCGCCUGCAGACUCUGCUGCAACGCCUACAGACAGAUGGCGCUGAGGUAGGUGGCGUGACGUGUCAGCCCCCCGUGCUAGCUAGCAGGUGUGACGUGUCAGACUAUGCACAAGAGAGCAUUUUUCAUGUUUUGAACGAGCAAAGAACUUCCGAGAUAUUUAGAAGUAAUGGACAGGAAUGCACAGAGAGAACGUGCUGUGAACGAUAA